AAUAAUAAAAGUCAGAUAAAUGGUUUUAAAAAUAAGAAAAAUUAUUGAACACCGAACCAACGCCACCAUGAAGGCUUCACUCUCUUUUUAUCUGUAAUUCAAUCAAAGCUCGAUUCUCGCAAAUUUUCUCGCCCAAAAGCCAUUUCCUUUUUUGUUUUGGGACAAUUGGGUCCGUUUUUUUUUUUUCUUUUACUCUCAGCUGGAUUCCCACCUCGAUUGAUUUCUCUCAACUCUCUCUUAGUUUCAAGACUGAUGGCUAAGAGUUACUUCAAGCAAGAGCAUGAUCUUGAGAAAAGAAAAGCAGAGGCUGCAAGGAUUAGGGAGAAAUAUCCCGAUAGAAUUCCUGUUAUUGUGGAGAAGGCAGAGAGAAGUGACAUCCCUAGCAUUGAUAAGAAGAAAUACCUAGUUCCUGCAGACCUUACCGUGGGACAGUUUGUUUAUGUCAUCCGUAAAAGGAUUAAAUUGAGCCCGGAGAAAGCGAUCUUUAUCUUUGUGGACAAUGUCCUCCCUCCUACAGGAGCAAUCAUGUCUGCAAUAUAUGAAGAGAAGAAGGAUGAAGAUGGAUUUCUCUAUGUUACUUACAGUGGAGAGAACACAUUCGGGUGGUAGCUGGCUUGUGUGAUAGACCUGAUUGUUCUUAGUUUUUCGCUUCAUUGCUAUUGUCGCCAGCAUCGUUGUCACCGUGUUCCACUGUCCUCUCUGCCUCAUCCUUUUGCUGCUCCUUGUUCUUCCAGUUCAAGGAUUUGGGCAAGUGAUGCAUUCUGUACAGCUCUAUAUAAUGAAUAAAAAUUGUGAAAAACAUUUCCGCACCAAAAAGUUCUUGCUUCAAAUAUUGCCUUUAUAAUUCCUUUUGCCCCUAAUUUUUUGUGGGGGUUUUUCUUCUGUUUAUAUGCUUGUAAAGAUAAAAUCUCGUACAGAAAACCCUUUUCUUCUCAUUAGAAAGAUAUUCCAUCUACUCUUAUAAUAACCCCCCUAAUACAAUUCUCAUUACUAUUUCUUUUAUUUACAA